AUGAAAAAUAAAAAUAAACUCAAGCGAUGUUUAGACUACAUCACGAAUAAUAAAGACGAAAUAAUUAAAAACUAUAAUGAUAUACAACCAUCAAAUAAAGAAAUAGUUUUGUUAAGCUAUUUGGGGGAACUCAAAAAGAAGCUUAAAGAAACAUAUACAAUUAACUUUUGCGAAUAUUUUAUUGACGAAUAUGGAAUGAAAAAAAACAUUUGUUCAUCAAUAAGACAAAUUUAUUUUCCCUUUAAUGAGGGAAAUAAUUAUAAAGAAAUAUACACAUUGAUUAAAAAUUAUUUUACCUAUGAAAUAUUACUACAAAAAAAAAUUAAAACGUUGUUGUUGGCUAGUACCCAUUUAGUUUUUAGCUGGAAGAUUGCCGACUGUUUAGACUUAUCUUGUAUAAUUGUAUCCGCAUUGAGAACAAAAAAUUAUGAAGCUUAUGUUGUGUGUGGAGAAGCCCCCUUUUCUAUUUGCUCGAAAGAUGAUAAAAAAUAUAUUUGUGAAUUUACCCACAAAGAAUAUAAAAAAACUCAAGGGGAAAAUAUAAAUGCUAUAGACAUAAGAGAAAAGAAAAAGAAAUAUAAAUCAGUCCUAAACAUAUAUAAAGGAUGGAUAAAUGAAGAUACAUUUAAAGAUGACACUCCAGAAUAUGAAAAUGAUUUUUACGUUCAUAUGUGGAUACUUAUAAAAAAAAGUUUGGAUGUCGACAAGGACAUUUUUAUAGAAGUUUCCUCAGGGAGAGAAUAUACCAUUGAUAUUUGCCCAUACAAAUCUAUCUUUUACCUUUGGAACGAAAAAAAUGUUUAUAUAAAUAUAAAUAAAGUCGAAAAUAUAGGUAUAUUAGUAUCAGAGAUAAAAAACAAAGAAUAUUUUAUCCCAGCAUUUUUCGAAGAAAUAAAAAACAAGGCAUUACUUCCCAUUAUUGAGAGCAAGCCAUAUGUAAUACGAAAGGAUAUAUUUCUUUUAAAGUAUCCACAAGGACGAAAAACAACAUUUUUUAAAAAUUGUAAAAAGGAUGAAUAUAUUGAUUUUCUCCAGUAUGAUGGUUUAACAGAAAUGCACACUCAUUAUUCGAACAAAUUUUAUACAAGUGUUGAAUCAGUUUGUAGCUUUUACAAACAUAGAAGAGAUAAGAAAAUAAAAAAAAUAUACCUUCCAAAUAAAUUUAAAACUAUCGAAUAUUAUGAUGAAAGCAAUCACCACCUUUUAAAAAGAUUUGCAAAUAGAAUAGGGUUUUAUUUACACUUCAGUUUUUACUUAACUAGAUAUGAUGGAUUAACAAAUUAUAUUGAAAUAAAAAAUUAUAAACUUAUAGAAUAUUUUAUUAAUCGAAAUGACAAUGUAAUAUAUCGAUCUAUGAAUAUCUCAAAGGAUGUAAAAACAACUUACAAGUUUAAGACGUUUGAUGGAAAUGAAUAUUAUGUAACGAAAAUUACCCUGAAAUAUCGAAAUAAAAAUCAAACAAAUGGAAUAAAGAAAAAAGUGUUUUUAAUUCCAGAAAACAAAAUAGUCCUUGUGUAUUAUAAUAACUAUAACAAAAUAAGUAACAUUUUCCAAGUUUAUGAAAAACAUAUUAUAUAUAACACAGACAUAGAAAAGGAUGAAGAAGUUGUAUUGUAUAAAAAGAAUUUAAUUUAUAAGCACUUUGUAAACUAUGGAGAGCCCUUAGAAAACGAACCCAAAUAUUUAAUUAAUGAAGAACGGGACGUAUUUGAAGAUAUGAAAAAUAUAUACAACAUUAUAUGCUCUAUAAUGAAGGAAAGAGAAGAAAUAAAAAAAACAGAAGAUGAUUAUCAAUAUUCUACAAAUAAUAUUACCAACAUAAAUGAAAUAAUUUAUCAUGAAAAUAGUGAAAUAGAAUUUUUCAAUAAAAAUAUAAUGAAAGAUAGUUUGAAUAUAUAUAAUUUUUACAAAGAUUAUCCUUGGAAUGAUUACACACAGGUGUCUAUGAAAAAUACAUUUUUUUCGUCAAAAAAUAAAAUGCUUGAAAUCGAAUUAAUGCGUGAUGAAAUAAAAUAUAUUUCGUUGGAAAAUAAAAUAAAUAAAUAUAACAAAUAA